CAUUCGAUUCAAGAAUAAAAAAGCCGAGGGAAGCAAGUCUUCAGAACAAAAAGUUUCCUCUGUGAAGACAAAUGUUUGGCCUCUUUCUCCCGGGGUUGUGUGCAUACAGAGAUCCGAGAAUCGCGUUUUAUGUGUGACCGCACGGAGGGUUGGACAAAUUGAAGGAGCAACAGGAGGCGGCAGAGACGCUUUCCAGAAGAAGCAAGGGGAGAGAGAGAGGGAAGGAGAGAAAGGGAGAGAGAGAGAGACUAUCUCACUCUCCCAGUCGUAGUUGCAACCGGAUCGCAUACAGCGUCUAUUUCGACACUGGAAUAGCAGGACAAUGUCUAGUAAAGCGACUUUAGCCUUACUCAUCUAUGGAAUCAUAAUGCACUACAGUGUCUACUGCUCACCUCUCGGGCUUAACUAUCCUAACCUUAGACUUGAAAAUGAGGUUUAUGACGAGGAUGGGAAUUCGUUACCGGCCUUGGCUUUUGACAGCGAUCAAAUUGCUAUAAGAAGUCCCCCGUCUGUGGCUGACGAUUUGUACACUUUAUACUACCCACCGGAGAAAAGAACGGAAAGGCAUGCAGACGGAAUGUUUAAUAAAGCCUACAGGAAAGCGCUGGGUCAGUUAUCAGCAAGAAAAUAUCUCCAUUCUCUGAUGGCAAAGCGUGUAGGUGGAGGGAGCACCAUGGAAGACGACACAGAGCCUCUGUCAAAGCGACAUUCGGAUGGGAUCUUCACAGAUAGCUACAGCCGCUACCGAAAGCAAAUGGCAGUCAAGAAAUACCUGGCGGCAGUCCUUGGGAAAAGCCCUGAAGACUUAGGUUUUCACCAUAUUCUACAAGACAUAGACUUUGAUGCCCUCCCGGAUGGGGAUGAGUUUGAGGCUAUUUUGGGAGACUGGCUGAAACAGUUCUCUCCCAAAUUUCCGGCUUUGUGACGCAGGAUGCAGCUUGCGGCUGUGGUGCCUUGCUCCGACUUUAAAAUCGCCACGAAUCACAGAUGGCUAUUUAGUAGCCCUACAAUGCUGCACAUCAUCAGCUUACAUUUCACCCUUUGGUUGUUGUUUUUGUGUUGCGCAGACAUUUGAUUGGAUCUUUAGUGCCAUUCGGUGUAGUCUCCGAGCACUCUUGCUCUCGAUCAUUUCUUUUGGCGGUUGUUUUUGAUUUUUUUUAGAGCACAUAGACUUAGAUAAUUGUGAUAGAUAGUUGCAAACAUCAUGAUUGCCCUCUCUCCAUAAUGUGUAUCAUUUUGAAAGCGCCAACAGCCUUACUAAACGUGAAGAUUAAACAUAAAACAUAUAUUUAUUGUGUAGAAAAUUGAUAUUAGACAGUACUAUUAUAAUGAAGAAGAAAAAAUGGCGAACCCGCAAGGGUCAAGUCUAUAAAUGUUUAAUAAAAGGUGUUGUAAGAUUUGUAUGAAUAAAUUUUUGUAAACAA